AUGCGAUCGCGAAGCGUCAGCGGCGUCAGCGUCAGCGACAGCGACAGCGAGAGCGGCAGCGGACGGUCGGGCUCGGGGUCGAGCCGCGAUCGCGGCAGAGCGCGACGACGGCACGACAGCAGCUCGGAGGACGAAUCGGACUCCGACGCCGGCGGCGGCGCGCGACGCGGCGGGAACGAGCGCGACGAGGACAAGGAGCGACGGAAGCGGGAGAAGAAGGAGAAGAAGAAGCUGAAGAAAGCGGAGAAGAAGGCGCGGAAGAAGGCGAAGAAGGCGGCGAAGCGAGACGCGAAGGAUGCGAAGCGACGAGCGAAGAAACGAUCCAGGAGAGACGACGACGGCGACGACGGCGGCGACGGCGACGGCGACGGCGACGGCGGCGGCGGCGGCGGCGGCGAGGUGAGACGUCACGACGACGCGCACGCGCGCGUGCGCGAUGUCCCGCCGCCGCCGCGCUUCCCCGACGCGCCCGAACCGACGACGAAGAAGCCGAAGGGCGGCCUCGAGACGCGAUCGAGGGAGAUGGUCGAGAGCGAAAAAGCCGACGCGGCUGCUUUAGCGGCGGCUGACGCGGCGGCGCGGAGAAAAGCCGAGGAAGACGCCGCAGCCGCGAAAGCCGCAUCAGACGCCGCGGAGGAGGAAGCGCGCGCGAAGCUCGCGGAGUCCGUGGACGCGACGCCGCCGGUGCCGGGGUUCGGCGCGGCGAUGACGCUGGAGCAGUACCGCGCCAUGGCGGCUCAAAAAACGUAUCUCCGCGGGACGAUACACGCGACGCCGCAGGAGGAUAAGGACGAGGAGAUGGACAAGGCGAAGAAAGGGUGGUGGGCGUGCCAGUCGUACAAGUGCACGAAGGGCGGGGGCGCGAACCACAUGAACCCAAAGUAUGCGGACAAGUGCACGCGGUGUAACGCGAUGAAGCCGUUGGGCGCGGGCGCCGGGACGUUUUCACACGGGAUGAGCGAGAAGGCGUACUUGGCGAACAGUUCGAAACGGUUAGGGAAGUAG